AUGGUCCAGGAAGGCCUGUUUCAGACUGUCAAAUGUGUUGAUGGUGCGGGGGUUCAGCCUGUAAAACCAGUUCAGGGCCGCGCCACUGAGAGUGGAAGGGAAGAGAAGGCACAUGCCUUCGUUUGUGAGACCCUUGCACCCCAGGGCAGACUGGAAAGAAUGUAUGUGAGUGAGAGGAUCCUCCGUGCCAGUGUAGAAGGCGAUGCGGAGUGGCUAGAUGUCCUUCUCCUGGUGGUAAUUAAGGAUGCGUUCGGUAAAGGGCCCAGGUCGUGGCUUUGCCCAGAGGGGUUGAUGGUUGCGCUGUUGUUCGCUCUCCAGGCGCCGGACUUUCUCGAAGAGAAGCCUCAUUGCCGGGUCGGUAUGAGGGAGAGUCUCAGGGUGCUGGGGGUCUGGUGUGUGGGUGGCCAUGGGCUGGGUAGAAUUCUUCGGAUGCCUCGGUGUGAUAAGACUCGUAGUCUUCUAAGUAAUCCUGCCCCCAAUUCUCCGAGUCCCCUAUACCUUCUCCAAGGGGUAGUUGGGUAG